CAGAAUGAUUAGAUCUGUCGGUGUGAUGUUGGAAGGGUUGAGGAUUUGGACCUGAAUUUUUCCUCAUAUCGGAUAAACUGCCUCACUUUUCUCUCCAAAUAAAUCUUCCAUUAACGGUUGGGGUGGAUGGAAGCUACUCGUGUCUGGUUUGUUUACCUCCCUGUCAGAUGUGACUGGGACAGCCUUCGACCAUGAGUAACAGCCACCCUCUUCGACCCUUGGCCUCCGUGUCGGAGAUCGACCACAUCCACCUGCUGUCGGAGCAGCUCGGAGCUCUGGUGCUCGGAGAGGAGUACAGCGAUGUCACCUUCAUCGUGGAGGGGAAACGAUUCCCAGCGCACCGGGUCAUCCUGGCUGCUCGCUGUCAUUACUUCAGGGCUCUUCUGUAUGGUGGAAUGAAGGAGUCCCAGCCCCAGGCAGAGGUGUGUCUAGAGGAGACGCGGGCUGAAGCCUUCUCCAUGCUGCUACAUUACCUGUACACGGGCAGGGCCAGCCUCAGCUCCGCCCGGGAAGAGGUGCUGCUAGACUUCCUGGGUUUGGCUCACCGCUAUGGCCUCCAGCCACUUGAAGACUCCACCUCUGAGUUCCUCCGCACCAUCCUACACACCAACAACGUCUGUCUUGUUUUUGAUGUGGCCUGUCUGUACUCUCUGAGCGCGCUCAGUGCAGCCUGCUGUGCCUAUAUGGAUAGACACGCUCCAGAGGUGCUGAAUUCUGAUGGCUUCCUCAUGCUAUCCAAGACUGCACUGCUUACUGUGGUCAGACGGGACUCAUUUGCUGCCACUGAGAAGGAGAUUUUUCAGGCCUUGAGUCGUUGGUGCCGGCAGCAUGUGGAGGGAACAGACACUCAGGAAGUAAUGGCAGCUGUGCGACUGCCGCUCAUGACUCUGACAGAGAUGUUGAAUGUGGUAAGACCAUCCGGCCUGCUGAGCCCCGAUGACCUGCUGGAUGCCAUCAAAACCCGAUCUGAGAGCCGCAACAUGGACCUGAACUACAGGGGCAUGCUCAUCCCAGAGGAGAACAUUGCCACCAUGAAGUAUGGAGCUCAGGUGGUGAAGGGGGAGCUGAAAUCAGCACUGCUGGACGGAGACACUCAGAACUACGACUUGGACCACGGCUUCUCCAGACAUCCAAUCGAGGAGGACGGCCGUGCAGGAAUCCAGGUCAAACUAGGCCAGCCGUCCAUCAUCAACCACAUCCGCCUCCUACUGUGGGAUAGAGACAGCCGGUCCUACUCCUACUACAUUGAGGUGUCCAUGGAUGAGCUGGACUGGGUACGAGUGGUAGACCAUUCAAAGUAUCUGUGCCGCUCCUGGCAGAAUCUCUACUUCACACCACGAGUUUGCAGGUAUGUUCGCAUUGUAGGAACACACAACACAGUCAACAAGGUUUUCCAUCUCGUGGCUUUUGAGUGCAUGUUCACCAACCACCCAUUUACGCUGGAGAAUGGACUUCUGGUGCCGGCUGAGAAUGUGGCGACCAUCGCAGCGUGUGCCAGUGUCAUAGAAGGAGUGAGCCGCAGCAGAAAUGCGCUGCUCAAUGGUGACACGCGCAACUACGACUGGGACUCUGGCUACACCUGCCAUCAGCUAGGCUCAGGAGCAAUUGUCAUCCAGCUGGCUCAACCGUACUCCAUAACUUCUUUAAGGCUCUUGCUAUGGGACUGUGAUGAACGUUCCUACAGUUACUACAUUGAAGUCUCCACCAACCAGCAGCAGUGGACGAAAGUGGUUGACCGCACCAGGGUGGCCUGCAGAUCGUGGCAGACUUUGAAGUUUGAGAAGCAGCCUGCAUCGUUCAUCAGAAUUGUUGGGACACACAACACAGCUAAUGAGGUGUUCCACUGCGUUCACUUCGAGUGUCCGGCCCAGCUGGACACAGAGGUCAGCGAAGGCAGCCCGGGCCUGGACUCCUCCGACUCUGGCUCCACCAACCAGCAGCCACGACCCCAGCGACCAUCACGCACUCACAGCCUGCUGCCCUCCCAGCCCUCCUCCUCGUCUUCAUCGUCCUCACAGUCUCAUCAUUAAGAGCCUUCUCUCACUGCCUCUUAUUGGAAGGUGAUAAGAGGAAGGGAGAGCUCAGAAUGCCAUUUUGCACAGCCUUCAUCAUCCAGAAUGCACUGCUACUACGCUGCUAAAGGCGUCUCAUUGUCAUAACUUCAUGGUGCGUCCGUCAUAAGUGCAACAUUAGAGACUGGUGUAUCUGUAGCAGCUUUGAAGGCUCCAGUCUUCCCAGUUUUGAAACAGAAAGUUAGCUACUACAUCCACUGGCUUAUACACUUUUGUGAAGGUACUUUUUAGCUACUCAGACUCCGGGUUUUCUCCUAAAGUAGAAUCUUUACUCCUCCAAAGAUGAGGCACAUGCUGAACUGUGGUUAUUCUGUACCACCAAAGAGCAGUAGGACCAGGGUGGGAGGGCAGAGGGAAGGUUUGCUAUCAGAAUUUUAUGAGUUAAUAUUUCAAAAAGAGAUGGAUUUUAUCCUUGAACAAGCUAUUUUUUUAAGAAACAGUCUAAAAAUUUGACUCUACUCUCUUUUCAUACCAUCAAGCUAACAGAGUAGCAGUCAAGUAUUUUUCAAAGUUUGGAUUCAAAUUCUUCAAAUGUUUGCCAAAGCUGAGGAGCUAAUGCAUUCUGUGGCGUUCAGAUGCAAAUUGCACUUAAUCCUGUUAUGCAUCUGCUUAUUAAGAAAUAGCUGUUGAGUACUAAAUGAAAGGGAUGGGAAUCAUUAAUUUAUAUUGACACUGAAACCUUUAUUGAUACUCUGUAAUAAUUUGAGCCUUUAUUGAUACUGCUAUCGAUACUUUUCUAUGCCAGUUUUGACAGAACCAGUAUAUUGAUGUUACAUUGCUAACAAAACAAACUUAACCACCAAACAACUGUAUUUACUGUAGUUUCUUGUAUAAAACUUACAGUUUCUUUUCCUGAAAUUACAUUUGAACACAUCAUAAUGUUUUAUUUACCCUCACCUAGUAGUCAUUUGACUGAGCUGAGCUUGAACACAUCAUGAUGUAGCUUAGUUUUGCCUCUUUUAAUAGACCGUAUCCCCAUGACAUGUUUUUGUGGUUUCAUGCGCAGGGUGGGAAAUUCACAUGUUGUUUUUAUGCUGUACUUUCAGGGUGGUUUUGCAUCAGGGACCCAAGCCCAGAUCUCAGUACACUUGACCCCAAAGUUCAGUUCAGUAAAGUCACUUCUAAACAUCUCCUCUCUUCAAAAGACAUUAUUCAAGCAUUACAGGCCUUUUUCUUCCCCAGAGCUGCACAGUAGAUGUAGAAGUAGAAAGAGGGUCUCUGUUGGCGUCGUUAAAAUAAUAAACUGAAACCUAUUAUGCACACAUUACCACUAAGGUUAUUAUCCUUAACUAAAACCAAUUACAUUACUAAAACUAAAAUGUAAAAAUCAUUUUAGUUUACUUAAACUAUUAUAAAAACAAGACUUGGCUUUCCAGAAGAACUAAAACUUAAAUGAAAUAAAAUUACAAACAAAAUCUCCUUAGUUUAAGUCUUUGACAGCAGCAUACUGGCUGACAUGUACACCCAAGCCUAGAGAGUUUCAAACGGCCUGAUUUGAUUGUAUAAUAUUUCACACAAUGGCAGUAAUAGGUCUUGAGUUAUUUUCAAAUACCUACUGUGUGGGAUUGUGUACAUGUGCAAUCAUGCUCAGGCACAGACCAGCAGGGGAGAGUGGAGGUUUGAGCAAUCAUGCUCGGGCACAGUACAAAACAACCAUCCAUUUUCUACAGCACUUAUCCCAUUUAGGGUCACAGGGGCUGGAACCUAUCCCAGCUGUCAUUAGGGAGAGACAGGGUAAAUGCUGGACUUGUCGCCAGUUGAUCGCAGACAAAGACAAACACCAGGCACGCUCACAUUCACACCUACGGCCAAUUUAGAGUCACCAGCUAACGGGCAUGUCUUUGGUGGUGGGAAGAAGCUGGAGUACCGAGAGGGAACCUGCGCAUGCACGGGGAGAACAUGCAAACUCUGCACAGAAAGGCCUGAACUGCAAAGUGAACUAGCAACCUUCUUGCUGUAUAGCAACAGCUUUAACCCCAGUGAAAAAUAGUCAUACUUAAUGCGACAAUGUCCUAAAUUUACCAAAGAACGAUCAAAAGAAAACAAAAGUCAUCUGAUUGAAAAGCAACUAAAAAACAACAGAUACUAAAAAAAAUCAUGGUGCUAGACCCUCAUUUAACAUCAACAACAUGCCUUAUUGCCCAUUAGCUACCAUCAUAUUGAAGCUACCAUUAAAAUUCAGCCACUUUCUUGUUACCAUUUACGUUUGAUAAUCCCUGGCAUGAUAGAAAAGGCUUAUUAUUUAAAGAUAUUAACAUUUUUUUCAAACAUAUAUUUAAGCCUGAGGCAGAAGUUACUGGAGAUAUUUGCACUUACAGCGUAGCAUGAGUUGUGCAGUUUAAAAUGCAGUUAUUUUCUGAGGUUCUUCUCUUGUUUAUUUUUUAACAAACACUAGCACUAAAUCAUUCUAUAUUAUAACAAACCCAGUAUUAUACUGAGUCAUCUAGGGCUGAAUGAUGGAAUUGGAAAAUUGACACUUAAAGGCUUGCAUAAUGUGUAGCACAUAAAAUCUCUGCUGCAAACAAAAUGUAUUAAACAAGUACUUUGACUCAUUUUAUGUUAAAGAAAGAUCAAACUUUAUGCAAUUUGAAUAUUGCAGUAGGAAAUAUUGCGAUUUAAUAUAAAUUUCAUAGUUGUUCAGCCUUAGUCUUAGUCAGCAUCUCAUUGUUUUAUGAUGAACAUCCUGGAAUAUAAAAAGUAAAACAUGUUAUUUUGAGUUUGCUACCCUGCGCAAGACGUCACAGGAGCAUGGCCACCAUGGGAAUAUGGUCUAAUAGCUCAAUGGUUUUAACCCAGAUUACAGCAUUCGAUUACUUAGCCUAUUUGCUUAAACCAGCCAUAGAUGGAGCUGUAUUUGUUUAAUUUGAUUCACAAUGCUGAUAUGCAUCAUACUUACCGGCUGGCACUUCAGUUAUAUUCAAAAAAUUCAUUAGACAACUGUUAGUGCACCAGUGAUUUGAUGUAAAUGACAUAAACUUGGCUCAAGAUAUGCCCCAUUACAGGAGCCAUGAGACUUGAUAGCAGUAUUGAUAAGGUGAUUUUUUAAAGCUGGUCCUUAUCGAACCAGAUUUCGAUCUCCAUCCCUUCAUACUGACAGGUUUCACACCAGAAAACCAAAAUGACUGGCCCUUAUGUAGUGAAACUUUCCCAUAUUUAAAAUCCACACCUCUAGACUUUAAACUUUGAUUGAAUUAGGUGUCUUGAUUAACAUUUCAAGCGCUUGCAUAGUUUAGCACAAGUGAUUUGGGAAAUUAAUCAGGUUGUAGGUGAGAAAAAAAUCAAGGCUGAGGGGCUUGGACCAAAUUAUAUAUGCACUCUGGGCUGCAGGGAAGAAAAGUUUAUUUACAGAAAUACACGAGCAGCUGCUAUUGGCACUUUAUCCAACUCAAGUACUCAGAAAUAAAGGUUGCAGCUUCUGACUGAAGAACAGUACUUGCGUGCUGGAUUUGGUAACUGUCUGUCUGUUUGUUAAGUUAAUUGCGACGCCUCGCUCUUGAUUUGGGUUCGAGCUAUCUGUCGUGUUUUUUUUUUUUUUUUCUGAGGUUUGUUUUUAAAUUAAGCUAUCAGUGCUGUGGUUCUUGUGUGUUUCCUUUGUGUCCUGAUGUUGCACUUUGAGUAUAUCCUUUAUUUCAAACCUUUUAUUUGAUGUUAAGUAUCCUAAAAUAGCCUAACUACCCUAGAUGACCAGCUGACGGUUCUAUAAGCCUUCUUUAUCAUCCCCAUCGACAUUUGAUCUCAUAAGAUUAGCUGGAUAGUUUGAUAAAGUCUUCCUCAAUAACCAACCAGAGAUUUGAAAUAGGGCUUUAGUCGGGUUACAUUGUAAUGUAGAACACACUCCCCUCCCCCAUCUCCCUUUAUAAAUGUGUAUAGUUUUAAUAUAUAUAUUAGUUUUGACCCAUUGAUGUGUGAUUGCAUUUCACUGCCUCUUGUUCAAUACAUUGCCUGUCAAAAAUGUGAUGGAAAUGAUCGACAUUGUUUAUUAAUGUUCAUUGCUGUGAGGGGUCACACCCGCUCUGCUUGCCUGAAUCGAUGCUGAUAAACACAGUGGAGGUCUUUGAUACUAGCAAUACAGUGAUGUCUAUCUUC